UGUCCCUCUCUCGCUCUUACUGUUCUCUCUCUCUUCCUCUUAGACCAUAAAGCUUGAGAGAGAGAAACCCUAACCCUCGAGCUGAACCGAGAUCCGGUCCCCGACAGCUUUCCUCCGCCUUACCUAUCUCUUUCUCUCUCUCAACCACAAACAAGGAAAAUGGGAGUCUUCACGUUUGUGUGCAGAAGCAACGGCGGCGACUGGAGCGCCAAGCAGCUCUCUGGCGACCUAGAGGGAUCCGCCUCCUCUACUUUUGACCUCCAGAGGAGGCUCGUCCAGGCUGCCCUUUCUUGCGACUCAUCCGGGCCCGUCCAAUCCUCCUUCUCCCUCAUCACGCCUUCAUCUGCUGUCUUUCAGGUGGUCAUUGGAGGUGGUGGUGGAGGGGCUUUCGUUGGAGGAGGAGCAGUAGCAGCGGGUGGAUCUAGUGCUCCAGCUGCUGCACCGGAGCCUGCAGCAGAAGAGAAAAAGGAAGAGAAGGAAGAAAGUGAUGAGGAUAUGGGUUUCUCUCUUUUUGAUUAGUCUGCAUUUAAGUUCUGGGACUGCUUUACGUCCGUGUUAUUUCUUUUGUCGGUGGUGAAAAUUUUGGAAUAGGGAAUGGUAAUCUCUUAAGCAUUGUAGACAGGAUUUCUGGAAAUUAUCUGCAUUUUGAACUGAUUGUUAUUACUCCAAACUUGCUAUAAAAUUCUCUAAGUUUCAUUA